UCGAUGGCAUAGGUGUCUGUCUUUAUUAUUCCAUUUAGCAUUAAAAAUUAGCAGGAAAUAUUUAAAGCUAUUUCUGGGAGGAAGAAGUAUAGAGAUUUAGAUAUAUUAGAUAGAUACAUCAAACCUAGAUGACAGGGAAAGAGAGAGAAGAUUUCUAGAGGGUUUCAAGGGAGGAGACAUGCCCAAUUUCCCCCAACAACUCUGUUUCUUGCUUCCUUCUUCAAGAUCUCAAAGAUUCAUUCAAACAAACUACAAUGUGUAAAUCAAAGAAAAGCAUUAGUCAAUUUAAUGCCUAAUUACAUAUGUAACUUGCAUAACAUGAUGAUACUGAGAUGAGCAGCAAAUACCUCAAUUUGUUUACAAAAAUUAUAGCUUGAAGAUGGUUCCUGCACCCCACCUACCUGGAGACCCGAAUGAGUUGACUCAGCAAUCUUACAAUCAAGAUUCAUCCACGUGUCUUUCAUCUGAUCAAUCUCAAAAGGAUGAUGAUGUUGCUACACAUGGGGUUCAUUCUCAAGAUCAAUGCAUCUCAUCAUCUGGUUCAGAUGAAACUCAAAUGAAGCCAUUUUUAUUUAUGGGCAAUCCAAGUUUUGGCAUGACAGGUGGUCUUCAAGCUGAAAAGACAACACCAAUAGUUGAAAAUGUUUAUGCUGAUAAUUACUUCAAUGGACUCUAUACCCCCUAUGGACCACACCCUAUUAUUCAACCUCAUAUCAUACAAAUAGCUCCUGCCCGAGUUCCACUCCCCAUAGAUCUCUCAGAAGAUGGCCCUAUUUAUGUCAAUGCAAAACAAUAUCAUGGUAUUCUCAGAAGGAGACAGAUUCGAGCCAAACUUGAAGCUCAAAACAAACUUGUCAAAAACCGAAGGCCUUACCUUCAUGAAUCUAGACAUAAACAUGCUUUGAAUAGGGUUAGAGGUUCAGGUGGGAGGUUUCUUCCCACCAAGAAACCUCAACAACAAUCAAAACCUGCAAGAUUCUUGACCUCCCAUUUCCCUUCAAGCUAUCAAGAAGCUAAUCAAUCUGGAAUGGAACAUGAACAUUAUCAUGGGUAUAGUGGCAUUUCAUGGGGGAUAAGGGGAAAUGAGGGGUUUUUAAGCACAUCGGGUGGACAAUCAUGAUUGGUUUGGUGGUUCUAUAUAUUGGCUGGUGGGAUAACACACCGGUUGGGCAACUCAUCCUUGGCUUUGUUACUAAGUUUUUGAUGUUCAUUUUGUGUUUCAUCGAGCUUAGGUUUAUUGUAUUUGUUUGGGAAAAGAUUUGUAGCUUACUUGAAUGGUGUUUGGAAAUUUGAAUUUCAUAAAUUGAAGGUUGGUUUAUGAUUAUGAACAUUGGAAUUUGUUAUGAAAUUGGUUGGGAUUGUAUGUAUAAUUACAUAAAAUAUCAAGUGUUUGAGUUUUACGGGA